AGAGAAGGGUGGAGGGAGUGAGAUAGAGUGAUAGAGAAGGAAAGAGAGAGGGCAAAUGAAAGAGGUAGAGAUGACUGGAGGGUGAGGGCAUAAAAGAGAGGGAUGGGAGAGAGAACGGGGAGCACAUCUACUGUGGUAGUUAAUUCAAAAUAUCAGAGAAGAAGCCAUUGCCCCAUCAGCGAUAGUCUCUUGUGUGCACCCACUCGCCCUGAAUAAGGUGAUCUAAGUUAACGGGACAGAAUUAAAUGUGUUUUGUUCCUAGUGCCUAUUCAUGCAAAUCUCUCUGAAGUGGAGAAACAACUGCUUGGGGUUUGAGGCGAUCGAUCACGGCUUUUCUUCAGACUCUGUGGAGAGCACAGAGAUCCACACAAACCCAGAGUGGUUGUCGUUUCACUCGGAAGGGUGAAUCAGCCCCAUCGACACCAGCACCCCUCGUCUGUGGAGAGCUCCAGCCGGAUAAAUCAACGUCUCUUAUAAUCGAAUAAUCAAUUAUAGAAUGUCCUCCCCCACUCCUCCCUCCUCUCCCCAGAAGGUCUGCUACAGCCAGACCACCCAGACCGACGUCCUCAAGCCACUGCUGGGCAACGCGGGGGCCCAGAACUCCGCCUCGGCACUGAGGCGCAGGAGGCGUGUCCUGUCGAAGGAUGGGCGGAGCAACGUGCGGAUUGAUCACGUGACCGGGCGCCGCGCCCUCUACCUGCGGGACCUCUGGACCACGUUUCUGGACAUGCAGUGGCGCUACAAGCUCUUCUUGUUCUCUGCCACGUUUGCUGGGACGUGGUUUUUCUUUGGAGUCCUGUGGUAUCUGGUGGCUUUGGUCCACGGGGACUUACUGGAAUUCGACCCUCCUGCGAACCACACCCCCUGCGUGAUGCAGGUCCAGACUCUGACCGGCGCGUUCCUCUUCUCCCUGGAAUCGCAAACCACCAUCGGCUACGGCUUCCGCUGCAUCACUGAGGAAUGCCCGCUCGCCAUCGUCCUCCUGAUCGUCCAGCUGGUCCUCACCAUGGUCCUGGAGAUCUUCAUCACCGGCACCUUCCUGGCUAAAGUGGCCCGGCCGAAAAAGCGCGGGGAGACGGUGAAGUUCAGCCAGCACGCGGUGAUCUCCGACCACGACGGCCGGCCCUGCCUCAUGAUCCGAGUGGCCAACAUGAGGAAGAGCCUCCUGAUCGGCUGCCAGGUGACGGGAAAGCUCCUGCAGACUUCCGUGACGAAAGAAGGCGAGACGGUGAGGCUGGACCAGAGGAACGUGUCCUUCAGCGUGGACACGUCCAGCGACAGCCCCUUCCUCAUCCUGCCGCUCACCUUCUGUCACGUGAUCGACGACGACAGUCCCUUCCGCGCGUGGGUGGACAAAGGGGGCGGUUGGACAGACCCCGACCUGGCUGAUUUCGAGUUGCUGGUCAUCAUGAGUGCCACGGUGGAGCCCACUAGCGCCACCUGUCAGGUCCGCACCUCCUACCUACCUGACGAGAUCCUGUGGGGCUACGCCUUCCCUCCCGUCGUGUCCUUGUCGGCCAAUGGCAAAUACGUGGCCGACUUUUCCUUCUUCGACAAGGUGGCCAAAACCCAAACCCCGCCCACUUUCAAGAAGCCCCCGCCCCCCAUCCCGAGCCCCGCCCGUCACAUUGACCCCGCCCCCAGCUCCAUCACUUCCUCCAGCAGCGACACGGACGUGGAGAAGGUGAGGCUGGAGCAGAGUUAUCGGGUUCAUUCUAGCAGUGGAGACAGAGGACAAGGCAGGAGGAGAGAAAGCAGCCCUCAUAGCAUCAGGAUUAGUAAUGUUUGAAGCAGUUUUGAGGGAGCGGUACGAAGGAAUCCUCUUGAAAGAGUAAUCGGGAAGGUUUCUAAUGAGAAAUGCUUCUUGAUCUGUCAAUUUUAUAUAGAGGUUAUUUUUAUCUGGAAUCCACGAUAUAGUACAGCUGUGGCCAAACUUUGUGUAUCACCUAGUUCAUUCUAUAUAGAGGAGGUGCAAUUCAAUAUGUUAACAA